AUGACCGAUCAAGCACGUUGGAAAGCUACUGUGUAUGUUGGUGGUCUCUCCCACAUGGUUACUACCGCAAAUCUCGAAGCCGCAUUUUUACCCUUUGGAGAAAUAGCAGAUGUCUCUAUACCCAAAGCAGAUGGGCCCAACUCAACAGAGCCACAUCGUGGUUUUGGAUAUGUAGAGUUUGAGGAUCCAGAAGAUACCAAAGAUGCCAUCGACAAUAUGGAUCAAUCUGAACUAUUUGGAAAGGUGAUUAAAGUCAAUGCGGCUAAACCUCCAAAGAAUGCGAAUGAGGGAUUGGGAAGCAAGACGGCUUUAUGGGAGCAGGAGGGCUGGCUAGCAGAGAAUGCUGUGAGCGAGGAGGAUAAACUGGCAGCUGAACAAGCAAGAGCCGGAGUUCAAGAUAGACCUGACGAUCCUAUGCAAGGUCUAGAAGGAUUGGAUGUAGCUGGGCCCAAGCCGGCUUGA